AUGUUCAAGAAUAUCUUGAAACAGUUUGGAUCCAUCCUCGUUACUUUGCUUUCCUUGCAAACUGUUUGCUCGGCACUUGUAGUUGAGAAAAACCAGACUUUGAGCCAAGCCGAGAAGAGUGAGACCACGGCGCUGGAAGUUCGAACCUCCGAUGAGUAUACCAUCGUCCACAAAUGGAGCGGUGGAGCCAUCAUCGGAUCGGCUACUGCAGUUGGCGUCUUGAUCACCAGUGUUGCCGCUGUGUUUGUCACCUGGUACGUUAACCAACCAGAUGCUAGUAAAAUCUGUGGAAAGACAGCGGUUGUCGACAUCACUGGCAGCGAUGGUGUCGCCUAUCAAUAUUAUGUAUAUUCAUACACAACCGGCUCAAACUGUGACACUACCCAGCGAGCAAAGACUAUCACCGACAGUCUCUCUAAUGCAUUCAACGAAUUGCAUUCCGAUAGUGCCUCCGCAGUCUGCAUUGAUUUUGAUCACCAUGGUACUUGGCACGGAGUUCUUGGCCUAGCAACCGCCAGUUCUGGAAUUGACCCACAAAAAGCUUGCUCUGGCCACCAUAACGGCGCUAAAAGAAGCGUGGAAGGCCUUCCUCAGCUCGAGGAAAUGGUUUCUACAAAGGCGAGUGAAGUUGGACUUGUUAAGAGAGCUUCAAUCUCCGUCAGCAAGUCCGCCGAGAAAUCUGGAACCACCAAGUUUAGCGCGCCCAACAAAUCCCAGGGAGUUAUUCUCCAAAUUGCGGGCCAGAUGUAUCAACAGAGCCAACUCGGAAGCUGUGAGGCUGUGACAGGUACCCUGGAAGACACUGACGGAGUGAGCUAUUCCUAUUACUAUUACGCUUCAGGCCGUAACUGCGAUACCACGGCUGAGAUCAAGACAAUGGUCACUGCUCUCGACAAUGCAUGGGAAGAUCUGGGAAGCACUUCGGCACUGUGCAUGACAAUGCAACAUGGAAGCGGCACAUGGAGAGGACACCUGGGAAUUUCUGUCAUGCAGAGCACCUACCCUGCGCAGAAAUUGUGUUAG